UCUUCACCAAAUGCAAAGCGAAAGCAGAACAAAGCUCGCAGAGACUCACAAAAUCCCUAAAUUGACAAGAAAAAAUGGCGAACACGGAAGUGGACGCGUUGGACUUCGAAGACGACGACUUGAUGGACGAGGACGGCGCAGUGGAUGUCGACGCUUCCUCUUCGCCUCGUGCCACUGCUUCUCAGCCCAAGCUCAAGUCUGCCAUCACCGGCGGCGCCCCUAAGAAGACCAAAGGCCGUGGCUUCCGUGAAGAAGCCGACGCCGAACGCCAUAGCCGCCUCGCUGAUCGUAACUUCGACUCCCUCGGCUCUGAUGGUGGCCCUGGCCCCCAAAGAUCCAUUGAAGGAUGGAUCAUUUUGGUCACUGGGGUACACGAGGAGGCACAGGAGGAUGAUUUGCAGAAUGCGUUUGGUGAGUUUGGGGAGAUAAAAAACCUGCAUUUAAAUCUUGAUCGUCGUACUGGCUUUGUGAAGGGGUAUGCACUGAUUGAAUAUGAAAAUUUCGAGGAAGCUCAAAAUGCUAUAACUGCAAUGAACGGAACUGAACUUCUCACGCAGACCAUUAAUGUUGACUGGGCCUUCAGCAAUGGUCCUAGCACUGGACCAUUCAAAAGAAAGAAUUUGAGAUCCGCACGGACUCAUCGUUCAAGGAGUCCUAGGAGGAGAUACUGAUCUUCGAUCAUGGCUUGAUGUGAGUUCAAGAAGGGUUUUGAAAGUUGAUAUUUUAUGAAAGAGAUUUAAGUUGAUGCUCAUGAUUUUGUUUUAUUGAAUUGUGUUUAUUUGCGGAAAGUUCCCCACAACUCCAGCCAUUUCCAUAUUGUUGUGGUGUAUUAAGUGAUGGUUUAUCCUAACUUUACAUUAAUGUAGUAGUGAUUAGUUUUAUUUGAUAACCUGCAACUUAUUUAGAAUGAAAGUGUGGGAAUUUCUAACUAGGCAACCUCAUUUUGUAAUGUUUCUCUCUUGUUUCUGAGUCUCUUGAGAGAUAAAUCUCAGGGUGUAAAGAGUUGUGAAGUGUGUAAA